UAACUGACUAAUCAGCAGAAAGGAGGAGCGAGACACAAACGCGCCCUACAAGUUCAAGAAACAACAAAGCUGCUCAGGGCCAUGAGGUCGUCUUCCCUCCUCCUGCUCUUCUUCCUCGCGGAUGUAAGCGACGUUCACGGAGGUUCAGAGUUCAGAAUCUGCGCCUUCAACCUCCAUAGCUUUGGAGAUUCCAAAAGCAAGAACAGCGAAGUCAUGCAGACUCUUGUCAGGAUCAUUACUCGCAGUGACAUUUGUUUGCUUCAGGAAGUGAGGGACAGCAAAGGAAAAGCGCUACCAAAGCUGCUGGAAAGACUCAAAGGGAAGCAUGAGUACAAAGCUGUGGCCAGUGAGCGACUGGGCAGGUCUGACUCAUACCAGGAGCAGUAUGUGUUUGUUUACAGGACUGACACAGUGAUAGUCACUGACCAGUAUCAGUACCCAGAUGAUAAACCAGGAGACGUAGAUGCUUUCGCCAGAGAGCCUUUUGUCGUCCGAUUCAGAGCCCCGAAGACAGCUAUUAAAGAAUUUGCCCUCAUACCUCAGCACACGACUCCAACCAACACCACUAAGGAGCUUGAUGCGCUGUACGAUGUUUUGCAACAUGUGAGAGGGAAGUGGAGGACUGAGAACGUGAUGCUUCUCGGAGACUUCAACGCCGACUGUGGGUACCUCGCUAAGAAGAACAGGAAGUUUGUGCGCCUGAUUACGGGAAACAACCUCUUCUGGCUCAUACCAGAUGACGUUGACACCACCGUGCGAUCGAGCACAUCCUGCUCCUAUGACAGGAUCGUUGUGCACGGAGAAACCUUUCGCAGAGCCGUUGUUCCUGCUUCAGCCAAACCAUUUAACUUCCAAGAGGCAUAUCGACUAACAGAGGAGCAGGCGCUGGAUGUCAGCGACCAUUACCCGGUGGAGGUCCUGCUGCAGGUCGAUAGCAGUCCCUUCAGUGGCACAAACAAACCUGCCAAUCAGAAAAUGCUCUUUUCUCUCUUCGUCCUCAGUCAUCUUGUCCUUCAAAUGUUAACGUGGUAGUUGAAUAAUAAACCAACAGGAGGAGAAUGUGAGGACGGCUGGCUUCAUGAACUGAGGAGAACUUCAUGGUGGAGUCCAACUUGCCAAAAAGCUGAAUAUCUUGAAUAUUAAGGAGGAAGGUUCUCCAAACUGGAUGAUAUCUGCAGCAUUAUCAGUGUCUUUAUGGCAAACAACUUGUUGUCAUGUAAAAUAUAUUGAAUAAAUAUCAAAGUAUAGAAAUGUUUGUCCGAUAAAAAUCAAAGAAACGUACCUGUUGUAAAUACUCUUGUUGACAUUUUGUUUUGAGCGCUAUUUAUAAAGGAUUAAACUCAAGUCAGAUCUUAAACUA